GCGUAGAAAGCUGUAGGGGGUGGGGUGGGGGGGGAGGAACAUGGCGCAAGCUCUGUCUGAGGAGGAGUUUCAGCGGAUGCAGGCCCAGCUCCUGGAACUUCGGACUAACAACUACCAGCUCUCAGAUGAACUACGCAAAAAUGGAGUUGAACUCGCCAGUCUUCGACAGAAGGUCGCCUACCUGGAUAAGGAAUUCAGCAAAGCUCAGAAGGCACUGAGCAAGAGCAAGAAAGCUCAGGAAAUCGAGGUACUGCUGAGUGAAAAUGAGAUGUUGCAGGCAAAGCUGCACAGCCAGGAGGAAGACUUCCGCUUGCAGAACAGCACACUCAUGGCUGAAUUCAGCAAGCUCUGCAGCCAGAUGGAGCAGCUGGAGCAGGAGAACCAAAAACUGAAGGACGGGGCUUCUGGAGCAGUGGCUGCCCAUGUUGGGCCCCAUGUGGAUGGGGAGCUGCUCAGACUGCAGGCAGAGAAUACAGCCUUGCAGAAGAACGUGGCAGCUCUGCAGGAACGCUACGAGAAAGAGUCUGGGAAGUCCUCAGCUGUCACUGAGGGGCACGGGGAUGCCCCUGGGGAGCUGACCCCCACUGUUCUGGCUCCCAUGCCAUUGGCAGAGGUGGAGUUGAAGUGGGAAAUGGAAAAAGAAGAAAAGAGGUUGCUCUGGGAACAACUGCAAGGAUUGGAGAGCUCCAAGCAAGCUGAGACAUCCAGGCUGCAAGAGGAGCUUGCUAAGCUCAACGAGAAACUGAAAAAGAAACAAGAGAGUUUUUGCCGUCUGCAGACAGAAAAGGAAACGUUGUUCAACGACAGCAGGAACAAGAUUGAGGAGUUACAACAGCGAAAGGAAGCGGAUCUCAAAGCACAGUUGGCUCAAACCCAGAAGCUGCAGCAAGAACUUGAGGCUGCCAAUCAGAGCUUGGCAGAGCUAAGAGAUCAGCGGCAAGGGGAGCGGCUGGAGCAUGCAGCAGCUUUGCGGGCAUUGCAAGAUCAGGUAUCCAUCCAGAGUGCAGAUGCACAGGAACAAGUGGAAGGGCUUUUGGCUGAAAACAAUGCCUUGAGGACUAGCCUGGCUGCCCUGGAGCAGAUUCAAACAGCAAAGACCCAGGAACUGAAUAUGCUCCGGGAACAGACCACCAGCCAGGCAGCUGAGCUGCAGCAGCGGCAGGCCGAGUAUGAGGACCUCAUGGGACAAAAGGAUGACCUCAACUCCCAGCUCCAGGAGUCAUUGCGGGCCAAUAGUCGGCUGCUGGAACAGCUACAAGAAAUUGGACAAGAGAAGGAGCAGUUAACCCAGGAACUGCAAGAGGCUCGGAAGAGUGCUGAGAAGCGCAAGGCCAUGCUGGAUGAGCUUGCCAUGGAGACGCUGCAGGAGAAGUCUCAGCACAAGGAGGAGCUGGGAGCAAUCCGACUCCGACAUGAGAAGGAGGUGCUAGGGGUGCGUGCCCGCUAUGAGCGUGAGCUCCGGGAGCUGCACGAGGACAAGAAACGUCAGGAGGAGGAGCUCCGGGGCCAGAUCCGGGAGGAGAAGGCUCGAACACGGGAACUAGAGACCCUCCAACAGACAGUGGAGGAGCUGCAAGCUCAGGUGCAUUCCAUGGAUGGCGCCAAGGGCUGGUUUGAACGGCGCUUGAAGGAAGCCGAGGAGUCACUGCAGCAGCAGCAGCAGGAACAAGAGGAAGCUUUGCAGCAGUGUCAGGAGCAGCAUGCUGCUGAGCUGAAGGACAAAGAGGAGGAGCUGCAGGGUGUGCGGGAUCAGCUCCGGCAGGCCCAGGAGGAGCGGGAUGACCACCUGAAGACCAUCAGCAGCCUAAAGCAGGAAGUGAAGGACACGGUGGACGGGCAACGGAUCCUGGAGAAGAAAGGCAGUGCCGCACUCAAGGAUCUGAAGAGGCAGCUGCACCUGGAGCGGAAGCGGGCCGACAAGCUGCAGGAACGACUGCAGGACAUCCUCACCAACAGCAAGAGCCGCUCAGGCCUGGAGGAGCUGGUUCUCUCUGAGAUGAACUCACCGAGCCGGACCCAGACUGGAGACAGCAGUAGCAUCUCUUCCUUCAGCUACCGGGAGAUCUUGAAGGAGAAGGAAAGCUCAGCUGCUCCAGCCAGGUCCCUGUCCAGCAGCCCGCAGGCCCAGCCCCCUCGGCCAGCAGAGUUGUCAGAUGAGGAAGUUGCUGAGCUUUUUCAGCGCCUGGCAGAGACCCAGCAGGAGAAAUGGAUGCUGGAAGAGAAGGUGAAGCACCUGGAGGUGAGCAGUGCCUCCAUGGCUGAAGACCUCUGCCGGAAGAGCGCCAUCAUCGAGACCUACGUCAUGGACAGCCGCAUCGAUGUGUCCAUGGCAGCAGGCCACACAGACCGCAGUGGGCUGGGCAGUGUUCUGCGAGAUCUGGUGAAGCCAGGAGACGAGAACCUGCGGGAGAUGAACAAGAAGCUGCAGAACAUGCUGGAGGAGCAGCUCACUAAGAAUAUGCACUUGCACAAAGAUAUGGAAGUUCUGUCCCAGGAAAUUGUGCGGCUCAGCAAAGAGUGUGUGGGCUCCCCUGACCCAGACUUAGAGCCCGGAGAAACCAGCUAAAGACCUGCAGGCUGCAUCCUCUCCCCUUCUACUUGCCUCCCCAUCCCCACUGCCCCUGCCCUUCCAGGAUGCUGUUCUCUUGAGCUGUGGUGGGAAAAACGGGGCCUGGCAACAAAAUUGAAUAGUUUGGAAUACUGGACAUUAAAGAGGCUUAGAGCCCUGAUGGCUGGUAGAAAUGACCCUUUCUUGGGGAAGUGGCCCAGGGAGAAGUGGGGUUCCUGAGGGAAGGGCAGGGAUUUUUCCUCCUUAGCCCUGGCUUCCGGGUGCUUCUGCCUUCAUCUCUGCAUGAGCUCUCCCUUCCAGAGACCAACUGUCAUUUUUUAAUUUUUUAUUUUAUUUUUUAAUUUAUGUCUGGAAGCCUGGCUACUCUGCAUUUGGGAUCGGGGAUGUUGGGUGGGGGCGUGGUCCAUGUUCAGCAAUCUAGCAACCCGUGUGUGUAUGUGUUUGUAAAGGCUGUUCAGCCAAAAUACCAUCUGGCCAGACGGGCCCACCCAC